UUUGGUGUUAUCUGGCCAAAAUUUAGUGGUAAAGGAAUUCAAUCCCCAAUGGUUACAAUCCUGCAACCUUGCUACACUCUGUGUUUGACACCUUUGUGAAGCUCCUCUUUAUAUCAACAAGUAGUUUUGUCUCAUUCUAACAACCUACAAGUUAGGAGUUUUCGAUUCAUUUUAAUUUAUUUAUAUAGCGCCAAAUCACAACAAAAGUUUUCUCAUGACACAUUAGGGCAGGUAGAGACAAAACUCUUUUAUUUAGUUUUUAGUACAGGGGGACCCAACAAAACUCCCAUGAGCAAGCACUUGGUGACAGUGGUGAAGAAAAACAUCCUUUUAGAAGACAGAAACCUUGGAGCAGACCCCGGCUCUAUGUGGGCGGCCAUCUGCCUUGACCAGUUGGAUUGUGAAAGAGAGGACUCACAGACAGAGAUACGUUGCUACAACAAUGAUAACAGUAUUGUAAUACUAGUAACAAUUAUGUAGGAAUAUAACAAGUGGUAAUAAUAGCAGUCAGUGUCAGCAGGAGCAUAACAGGAGGUCCAAACACAAUCCACAGCAACUGCGAGAUGAGAAAGCCAAAGACUCCGGGGAAGAAGUCAAGUUACUGACAUGAAUUAAUGGGACAUAAGUGUGUACAGAAGGAGAGUUAGAGGAGGAGAGAGAAGCUUGGUGCAUCAUGGGAGCAGUCUAAGCCUAUAGCAUCAUAACUAGGAUCAAGCCUAGGCCUGUGUGCUAUAUCAAAGCCUUUAAGCUUUAUCACAAAGGAAAGUUUUAAAUCUACUCUUGAUCGUAGAGAGGGUGUCUGCCUACCGACUGAAACUGGAAGAUGAUUCCAUAUGAAGGGAGCUUGAUAACUAAAGGCUCUGGUUCCAGUUUUACUUUGGUGACUCUAGGAACCACAAGUAAGCCUGCAUCCAGGUGACGAAGAUGGCACCUGACCAUGUAGGGCUUUGUAUGUGAGGAGAAGAAUUUUAAACUCUAUUCUGAAUUUUACAGGCUACCAGUGCAGAGAAGCCAAUGCAGGAGAAACAUGAUCUGUAAUAUGAGUUUUUGUCAGUACAUGUAAAGCAGCAUUCUGGAUUAGUUGAAGAGUCUUUAGGGACUUUUUGGGGCAAAAGAUGCCCGUGCAAUGACUUAAUUAGUUGAACUGAACCAUACGGGCUUCUUCCUCUUUGCGCAACACCUCACAAUGCCAAACCUCAUCUUUUGUUUCAGGUUUUCUCACUGAUGCUUAGCUUCCUUUGCACUGGACAGAUUUACACUGAGGCAACCAAUAAUGAUUGUAUGCGAAUGUGUGAACCUGGAUAUCAUAAAGUUGGUAAUUGUGAAGAUCCAACAAUGUAUAGAUGUGGAAAAUGUGCUAAUAACACAUUCACAGAAAUACGAAACAUUAUACCUACAUGCAACAGAUUAUGAGGUGGAAAUAGAGCACUGCUCCUUUAAUAGGAAUGUGGUAUGUGACUGUAAAGAUAAAUACUACAAUGUAAACUUAGAUCCCAACAAAAGGGAUUGCCAGCCAUGCCCCUGUGAAGACUGUAAGGGGGAUGGCAACAAAAUGGACAAGUGUUUGGAAAAUCCAGAAUGCAGGAGGAAAUGUACAUCAACUACAGUCCCACCUAAUGUAACUCCAUCUGCAACUACAACUAUAUUUAUGACUGCAUCUGAAACAGCUACAGCUAAAAGAACCACAUCUUCAAGCAGCACAUUAAAUCCAGGUGGAAAUAACUUCAACCCACAGUACUGGGUGUUUCUCAUGGGGUUUGUGAUGUUAUUCCUGGUAUUCUUUUGGCUCAUGCUGCUCUUCACCAGGAGUCCAAUCAGGAACUGUGACAGUCCCUGCUGGAGAGCAAAAAAAGACCUGGAGCUGCCAGCUGAGAAUUCCAAAUUCAACGAACAAUACCAUCAUCAAGACAGCAGUGUGUCCACGCUGACAUUUAAGAUAUCUGAGGAAACUCCCAUGAUGACUCUCAGUCAGAGUCCAGCCACAACAGAACUUCCUGCCCACAUUACUCCUAUACUGCCAGAUGCUGAACACAAAGCUGCCAUACAAGAUGAGCAAACAGAGCACUGGCCAGCCGUCGUCCUCUACGCAAUCAUCAAGGAGGUGCCCUUGCGUAGGUGGAAGGAGUUCUUGCGUCUGCUCUCAGUGGGUGAUCAACAGCUGGAGCGGGUGGAGCUAGAGGCCGGUUUGGGUCUGGGUUCCAUAGAGAAGCAGUACCAGAUGCUCAGGCUGUGGAGCCAGCGCGCCUCUGCGAGCCUGAAUGAAGUCUUCUCGGCCUUGCACUACAUGGAUUUAUCUGGCUGUGCUCAGCUGCUGCAGGAAAGCCUAGAGAAGCUGCAGUGCAGACCUGAACAGAAAUAAGGUUUCACAGACCAGGGUUUCAGUAGAGCAAUGCAGGACACCUGAGGCUCCACCUGGGGUUUCAAGUGCCACACUGUCAUGCAGCGAGAGACACCAGUACUUCAGCCUUGGAUUCAUAAGACUAGAUGCUCCUUUUUUGGGAUCUUGUAUCAGUUCCUGGAAAGGUCAUUACUAACUGUAGUGACUACAAGUUGCAACCACACAUUGCAAUGAUGUCACAAAUGAAUUACUGAGUAAUGUAAAUGUAUACUACAGCCUAGCUAUGAGUUACAUGGCGCUAUAGAACACUGUAGAGACCCUGAUACGCCCAACUUUAAUUGGAGCAUUUUCUCUUUUCCUACUUGUUUUAAUAGUUACAAAUGAUCAGAUACACUCAAGACAAAUGUGUAAUAUUAGUUUUUAUUAAGUUGAGCUUUGUUUUACCUACCUUUCUCAAUGGCAAGUGAAAACAUCAACAGCUUCUUUUAAGAAUGAUGUCAUGACCUGUUAAAUGCAUAGGUAUAACUCUAGUUAUCUAUUUGGAGAAAAUUCGUUAAGAGAAGAAUUGAGGGAAAUCCCCCGCUGUCGGAAUGCCAUUUAGCACACUACAGCUUCUCGUGUGGAGUACCUUAAAGGCCAACAAUGGAGGGCUGUGGUUUUACAGCAGAGUGUUGACAUCUAAAUGUCAGUAACCCUAUGUGUAUGUGAGUGAAGAAUACACAGGAAGUGGUGAAAAGGAAGAAAAACUUCCUUGUUUGAUUUAUAAAGAAAUCAGCAGUCAGCUUGUGUUUUUUAAGCAUUUAAGUAGUCCCCUAUUUAAAGUUCCUUCUUCCAGUAUGAGUACAUAAACUCUGUGAACAUUUCAGUGCUUGAUGUAUGUUGUUUGAGCAGCACUGUUACAGAUCAUUUCACUAUAUCUAACAUCUCUUUCAUCAUGUUGCAUGUGAAAUUCUUGUACAUCAGUUCAGCCACUUGCUGUGCAUCCUUGCAAGUAAUGAAAACUGAAAUCCCCAUAGGACGUCAGAUUUUCAGUUUCAUGCCAAUAAAUGGUGUCAGUGUGCAGUAGAGGCUGGGUUUUUCCUCACCACACAUAUUCCAUCCAAAAUGAUGGUUUUCUCUUGUGAGAUUGAGGUAUCUCACUUUAGGAGUUUUCAUGUGUCAGUUCAGUUGCUGACAGUAAAGGAGGUGGACUUUCCAAUUAAUGUUUAUUACUGAAUGGUUUACUCAAAUGUAUAUCUGAAUUUUUUUUGUCUUGGGCUGUGACACAUAUUUAUGUAUAUGUUUUAUAAUUAUUAUUUUUCAUUUGCUGAAACUACCCAUACCCAUCUAUAUAAUGAGUGGAUUAUGAUAUAGAAACAGUUUUGGUGAGGGAUUUUAUCAUCACCAAAGUCACCUGCUGCACAAAUGUAUGGUAAUAUGGUACUGUUAGAGCCUUGAGAAUUUCUUGACUGCAGGACUAAUAAAGACCUAUCUUAUCUUCCA